CUCACAGUCCUAGUGCGGGAAAUUACUGAGCAUUGGAAAUCUAAAGAGAGGAAGAGAGAAGAUCGGAGCUGCUGAGGAUGAUGAUGCACAGAUCCCUUUGCCUUCUAUUAUUGCACCUUGCCUUAUGCAUACACUGCUACAUUCUUCAUCCAGAUUACAGUCCUGGCCAGUCACCUAGAUCCAGGAGGAAUGUUAAUCUACCAAUGCUGGAAAGAGAUCCCAUGCAGAAUGAAGACUGGUCGCUUGAUGAGGAGCGGGGAUUUAUUCGAGGACUCUCAGAAAAAAGGAUGGAGAGACACGUAGAUGCUAUAUUCACCAACACAUACAGAAAAUUCCUGUCCCAAAUCUCAGCUAGGCGCUACUUGCAGAACAUGAUGGGAAAACGAUUGGGGCAAGAUUACUUGGACAGGCAGGACCAAGGUGACAGUGAACAAAGUCCUAGGAUCUUAAGGGACACAAUUGCAUCAGUCCUGAUUGGCCUGUAA